GCCGGCGGCAGGCUCUUGCCGCAGCUGCCCCGAUGCGGCUCGUUCGGUAAGGUCUACGAGGCCCGCGGCCCGGCCGGCUGUGUGCCGUUUGCCGCGUACGCCGUAAACGGUCGGCAAAGAAACAGCCGGCGAACCGCCUCGCGCCCCCCCCCUCCUGGUUGUUGUGUCGCUGAUUUACCUCGUGGCCCCCCUGGCUCGCUGGCAAGUUUGCCGGCCCGCCUUACCCGGCCUGGGCACGCAGGCGGGGGGAGCCAGCUGGGCGGACCGCCCGCCGGCCGGUCUGUCGUUUCUUUCGCUCAUUCUAUCGAGCGGGCCGCCCCGGAGCAGCCGAACGAAGGGUCGGGCGAGACAGAAGCCUGCCCGCGCCCACAUGGCCGCCCCCGGCUCGGUGCCGCGCGUGCCAUUGGCAGGGCCCGGCCACUAGGUCUGUGCAUUGCUCGGCCCGCUUGGAAGGGAGGGCAGGUCGGGGUGUGUAGUGGUUUUGUCUCCGUCGCGCGCCCCUGCGGAAGCGAAUGGCGCGGCGCGCGCGUCUCGCGUGUGAUGUUCGCGCGCUGCCGUAUUCUUUCAUCCCCGCUCGGCUAGCAGCCCGGCUUCAAGGCAGACCGGCGACGGCCCUGCGCAGUGGUAGUGAAAUUGAGGCACACGACCCGCCCGCUAGUCCUCUGCCAUUUUUGGGCGCGGGGGAGUGCAUCCACGUAGAC